CAAAUUAUCAGUUUUUAGAUCGAUCAGAGAAAGGAAAAAAAGUCGCGUUCUCAGUAUGGCGGAGGCAUCACCUCAGAAAGGAGUUCAAGGGUUCUCCUUCUCUCCGCGUAAGAAGAAGCAGGAGGACGCAGACUCCACUUCGGCUCCAGAUUCUCCUAUGAAGGAAGUAAAUAGCAAGUUUGUGAUGAGAAAUAUGAUCAAGGAUUUUUACCAGCUGCUGAGAGCUUGGAAGCGCAUCCCCAUUGAACGGGUGGAGAAGAGUGCGUGCGAAGUUCCAACAGAAGCUAAGGAACUGAUCCCAUGUUACGGUCUAGAAGAAUUGGAUCUCGCGUGCCUGUCCGUGCACAGCUUAAUAGUGAAAGCUCCUCCACGUGAUCUCCUGGUUCUGCAUUCACAAAUAGCCAACUACAUUAAAACCCAAUCUGAAGAAACUGUUAUAUCAGAAGAUCUCCUAUUCGGCACCGACUCCAGCGUCGAUGAGGACGACACACAAUCCGGAAUUUUUUGCAAGUACGCUGACCAUUGUGUGGAUUUGGUUUUCAAGGCACCGAUGAAGUAUAUCGUUGCUAAAGAAGCGAAAGUGACGGAUCAAAGCCUGGUCAGAAUCGUGCAGGCUCUGAUAAACCUGGAUCUUGUUCGUCACUAUGCUCAUGACAUGGGGAGACGGAUGUUAAUCUUGUUCAAGCAUGCGGAGCCAGAGGCAGUUGAUGUGAGCAUUCAAACUUCCGCUAUUGAUAUUCAGGACGAAACCCUGAAGAGAGCCAUAAAGCGCUUGGGAUGUCACUAUAUGUCGAAGUUCCCCGUCGACACGCUGACUCGCCCUCUCUUGGAACGAAAGGAGAUCGGAUUAAUGAAAAGAUUCUCGGUAGCUUAUUCCAACUUCUACUACGACGACUUGAACCGUACUAGAGAAAUUAAGGAAUGGCACCUUACACUCAACCCUUUCUUCUGCAGUCUCUGGUUCACAAUGUGGCACAAAAUGGCCAUGACUGCUGAUGCAGGCAAGAACCAGCACCAGGCAGAAAUUAUGGGCAUUAAGCAAAUCUGUCCCAUUUGUCAUACACAGUUUGAAGAUAAUUUGUUGGCAGUUCUCGAUGGGUGUGGCGAGUACAUGUGCCUGGGAUGCGUCAAGAAUAUGGUGCAGGAUCCUCCCCGUAAACGGAACUGCGAUUUGUGUCGCAAGCCUUUUGACACAUGGACGUCCAAGAUAAACUUCACCAAGGGCGUGAGGAUGAUGAAGGAAGCUCUACUCAGCAGCCAAGACUACAAUACCCUGACGACCUUUUCGCCUCAAAUUUUUGAUCACUGAAGAUAAAUUUCUCAUCGAUUUUACGAAUUUUUCUUACGUUCAAUAUGAAUGAAAUU